AUGGCUGCUAGCCACCACAACUCCCUCCCACCUGUAUUUGUCCCCAUUCUCGCUCUCCUCCUCCUCCUCGCCGCCGUCCGCCCCGUCUUCUCGGAGUCGAACAACACGGUUUUCCGGCCGGGGGAGGAGAUGAGGAAGUAUAGGAGGAUAAGAGCCCAUCUUAAGAGGCUGAACAAGCCUCCUUUGAAAACAAUUGAGAGUCCCGACGGGGAUCUCAUUGACUGCGUGCUCUCUCAUCUUCAGCCUGCAUUUGAUCAUCCCAGGCUCAAAGGGCUGAAGCCUAUGGAUCCGCCGGAGAGACCAAAAGGCCACGCCCCUGAUGACACCGCGGCCGCCGGAGACGAGUUCCAGUUGUGGAGGACGUCCGGCGAGUCGUGCCCUGAGGGGUCUGUUCCGAUCAGGAGGACCACGGAAGAAGACAUUUUGCGAGCCAGCUCCGUGAAGAGGUUCGGCCGGAAGCCUGCCGUGACAAUGAGCCAUGAUUCCGAAAGCAACGACCAUGAGCACGCGGUUGGUUAUGUUGUGGGAGAUCAAUACUACGGUGCAAAAGCAAGCAUAAAUGUGUGGGCACCCAAAGUGACGAGCUCCUCUGAAUUCAGCUUGUCACAAAUUUGGAUCAUCUCUGGAUCUUUUGGCACCGACCUCAACACCAUUGAAGCUGGGUGGCAGGUGAGUCCGCAGCUCUAUGGUGAUAGUUCUCCAAGGUUCUUCACUUACUGGACUACUGAUGCAUAUCAAGCAACAGGAUGCUACAACCUUCUGUGUUCAGGCUUCAUACAAACCAACAACCUGAUAGCCAUUGGAGCUGCCAUUUCCCCUGUUUCAACACCCAGUGGUGGACAGUUCGAUAUCAGUCUCUUAGUGUGGAAGGAUCCGAACCACGGGAACUGGUGGUUGGAGCUGGGGUCGGGGACGCUGGUGGGUUACUGGCCGUCGUUCCUGUUCAGCCACCUGUCGGAGCACGCGAGCAUGGUGCAGUUCGGCGGCGAGGUGGUGAACACGCAGCCGAUGGGGGAGCACACGUCGACGCAGAUGGGCAGCGGGGAGUUCGCCGGCGAGGGGUUCGGCCGGGCGUCCUACUUCCGGAACCUGCAGGUGGUGGACUGGGACAACAGCCUGGUGCCGGCGCCGAACCUCCGGGUGCUGGCCGACCACCCGAGCUGCUACGACAUCCAGGGCGGCAUCAACGCCCUGUGGGGCAACUACUUUUACUACGGCGGACCCGGGAGAGACGACAACGACGACGACAGCUGCUCUUGAAUUAAGACAAUUAUAUUCAUAAGCAUUAUUAAUAUAUACACAUGCAACCCCAAGUCUUCUUUCUUUUUUGUUUUUGUUUUUGAUUUUUACUUAUGUGAUUUAUUGUUUGAUCUUGUGAUGGAUGCAACCAAAUCAAUUAAGGUCGUUUUACAUCUA